AUGUUUUCGCGUUUGAUCGUAAAGGGUCUUCCUGGCAACUGCACAGAGGCCAAACUUAGAUCAGUUUUUGACAGUUACGGCAAUAUCACAGACUGUAGUUUGAAGUACACGAAAGAUGGAAAGUUUCGCAGAUUCGCAUAUGUCGGUUUUUCCGAAGAGGGCUCUGCUUCGAAGGCGCUGAAGCAUUUGGAUAACACACAUAUAGGAUCCUCGAAAAUUAAGGUAGAAGUGUGUAGACCUUUUGGAGAUCCUUGUAAACCAAGGGCUUGGAGCAAGUACUCGAAAGAGAGCAGGUGUAAUUUGUCGUGGUUUAUACCUCAUUUUGUAAGACCAUGUUUUAAAUUUGAUGUUGAGUUGAGGUUGCAAAGUGCGUACAAAAGGGCGCAUCUUGAAGAAGGGAGUGAUACGGUAGAAAAAGUUGUUACGGAAACUGUACCCAUUAAAAAACCAAAAUUCGGCGAUGAAAAGAAGUUCGAUCACUUUUUAAAAUUACACGGCGAAGGUGUAAGAGAGUCAGCGUCUGACGACAGUAAGGACCCGUCUGAAAAUCUUGUGGAGCAAUUGCUUCAAGAAAUCACAGGAAACACAUCACUAUCGUUGGUUCUCUAUAAUCUUUCACCGUCAAUCAAAAAAAAAACUCUCAAAGACUGGUUGAGUCCGUCGAGUAUCAAAGGCUUGAAAAUCGUCCGAAAUGCUCAUGCGGCAGCAGCCUUUGUCACGUUUACAAAUCCCGGUGAUGUUGAGGAGGUUCAAGCUCGCAACGGAGAGUUUUUGGGAGGAGUUAAGGUACUGUGUUACUCAUUCUCAUUUAAAAUCUUGUCAUUAAUCAUUUUUUGUCGAUUCCAAGUUGCAGUUAACAGGGUUUCUGAUAUUGAUAACAGUAAGAACGAGGAAAAGCUAGAAGAUGUAGAUGUUGGAGUGCAGGAAGUUGAAAUGAGGACUUUAACAAAUGCAAUUUUGGAUACUGGGAGGCUCUUCGUGCGUAAUUUACCGUAUACUUGCACGGAAGACGACCUUCAGUUUCUUUUCAAAAAGUAUGGGGAAAUUGCGGAGAUUCAGUUCAUUAUAAAUAAAAAAACAAGACGUAGUAAAGGUUUCGCUAUUGUUACUUACGUUUUUCCUGAGAACGCUGUUAAUGCGUAUUCAGCUUUGGACGGGACCAUCUUUAAGGGGCGAAUGCUGCACAUCCUUCCUGGAAACGAAAAGAGAGUCUCUCAUGAAGAAGCUAUGAAGUCGGAAGUAACUAGAUCUGCUUUUCAGAAGGAAAAACUUGCAAAAUUGAAGGCGGUUGUGGGGAAGGCACACUCGUGGAACACCUUGUUUUUGGGAGCGAAUGCAGUAGCUGAUACUUUUGCUGCGAGAUUGGAUGUUACGAAGUCAGAACUGCUUGGUGACGGGGGUGAGACAAGUGCGGGAGUGCGAGUUGCGCUUGCCGAAACACAGUUAGUUCGUGAAACUCGAGAUUUCUUGAUUUCAAAUGGAGUGCAUAUUGAUGCAUUUUCUCAGCCAGCUAGUAAGAGAAGUGAUACCAUAAUUAUAGUGAAAAAUCUCCCCGCAAAUACGGACGUUGACGAACUGAAAAGGAUGUUUGGCAGAUAUGGACUGCUAAAUAGAGUGCUUAUGCCUCCAGGCGGAAUAUCGGCGGUUGUUGAAAUGGAUAACACAGUCGAUGCUCGUAAGGCUUUUAUUGCGCUUGCAUACAGUAGGUUUAGGUCCCAGCCACUGUAUUUGGAAUGGGCUCCUAUUGACAUAUUUAAGAAAGGUGCAGAAGCUAUGAGCAGUUCAAAGGAAUUAUUACCGGAAGACACAAAAGGCAAAAAUGAAUUGCAGUCAAAAGUGGAAAGCCAGUCCAAAAAGAGGAUGAAGAGGCAGAAAACCGGACCAGACAUUACUGAAGGUGUUGAAGAAGAGUUAGCCAACGUGAGUGAUGGUGUCAGGAAAGCAAAUGUAAAAGACAUGGAGAGUGACGACGAAAACGAGGUGGAGGCGGGAGUUGGAACCACUAUAUUCGUUAAAAAUUUGAAUUUUAGUACAACAGAGGGGUCCUUGCGACUUAAAUUUGCUUCGAAGUACAAAGUAAAAAGUGCCGUCAUUUCAAAAAAGCUGGACACCAAAAAUCCGUCAACACCUUUGUCUAUGGGGUUCGGGUUCGUCCGCUUCUUCCGUAAAAGCGAUGCGAAAGAUGCCGUAAGAACGAUGCAGGGAACUUUGCUGGAUGGACAUUGUUUAGAAUUAAAACUGUCAAAUAGGGAUGAUUCAGAAGGCAAAAUUCACGCCAGAAAAACGGUUUUCGACCUUGAACAGAAAGAAAGAACAAAAAUUCAUAUCAAAAAUAUUUCGUUUCAAGCGAGUCGCGCAGAGGUCAAGCAAUUGUUCGCCGCAUUUGGUGAAAUAAGAGCGUUUAGGAUGCCAAGGAAGGUGAUUCAGGAUUUACAGGUCGGAGGAGGUGCAGAAGAACAUCGAGGUUUUGGAUUUGUAGAUUACCUGACUCGAGGUGACGCAAGACGUGCAUUUAAACAACUUUCACACUCGACUCAUCUCUACGGUAAAAGGAUCGUUCUGGAGUGGGCUAAAGCUGAAGAAAAUGUUGAGGAAAUGCGUGAGAAAGCAUUGCUCCGUUACAGCAAGUUCAUUCAAGAUUCGGGGCCAUUUGUUACCGGUUGGAAGUUUGUGGGCUUUAUUAAGGGAACUUGCAAGUGA